CGUAUAAAUAGACUAAAGAGAGAUGGGCAGCUUGUAUAAGGAUGAGCAGGACGACUGGAUCACAGUGUGUCUCAAGUACCUCCUCUUCGUUUUCAACUUCCUGUUCUGGAUGGGCGGUGGGGUGGUGAUGGGUGUCGGGAUCUGGACACUGGUCGAUAAAGGAGAGUACCUGAGCCUGCUGGCCUCCAGUACAUUCGCCGUGUCCGCCUACAUCCUGAUCCUGGCAGGAGGGCUGGUGAUGGUCACGGGGUUCUUGGGCUGCUGCGCCGUCAUACGUGAGCAGAAGAGCUGUCUGUCCACGUACUUCUCCUGUCUGCUUCUGAUCUUUCUAAUUGAGUUGGUGGCUGGUGUUCUGGCCUACGUUUAUUACCAGGCACUGAGUGAAGAGCUGAAGCAGCACUUGAGCAAGACGAUGACAGAGAACUAUGCCCAACCUGGAAAAGAGAGCAUCACACAUUCUGUGGACAGACUACAGCAGGAUUUCAAGUGCUGCGGGAGCAACAACUCCUUUGACUGGGCACACAGCGUGUACAUCAUGUCCCCAGAAGCGGAGAAAAGAUUGGUCCCUGACAGCUGUUGUAAGACCAUCACCCCUCAGUGUGGAAAGAGAGACCACCCCUCAAACAUCUACAAGGUGGAGGGCGGCUGUAUCACUAAACUGGAGCAGUUUCUGGCAGAUCACUUGCUCAUUAUUGGUGCUGUGGGAAUAGGCGUGGCCUGUCUACAGAUUUGUGGAAUGGUGUUCACCUGUUGCCUGCACAGGCGAAUUAAACUGGACCCGUACUGACGGCUCAGUAACUUUAUAUGCCUUUCCUGACACUUCAACACACACAAACACGGCCUGCAUGACCAAAUCCAUUUACAUUAAUAUAAGGGCUUUAUUAACAUUAUAGACAAAUGUUGCUAUUGUUAUUGCCUCCUUAUGAUCCUAAUAGUCUUGAAAGAUGUGGGAUAUUGCCCUGUAGUCAUUUAGAUGUCAAGGAAUCAGUCAGAAAAAUAAUCAAAUUUUUACUUUUAAGUAAAUUAUAAUAAAUAAAAAUAUUUUUAUUAACCACAUAUUUGCUUUGAUUUGCUCAUAUUAAAUGUAUGUAAUGUGCUGCUAAAUCUUAAGCAGGUGUGGGAACCUGCUGAUAGGCACAAAAUACACUGGACCAACGUCAAGACCAUUUAUUAUUGUAUUUUCAUAAAAAAGUAUAUGAAACUUGUAGAAAGAUCACUGUUUAGCCAUUAUGUCCACUGUAUCAUAUACACUGAGAAAAAAGUUGGUGUUGAAACAAUUUUCACUCAGAAAUUCCAAGUCAUUUUGCCAAAUAAUGA